ACAGUCAUGCGUUCGGCGACGAGGCCAACGCAUGGGUGCUGUGUGUCCGCGACCUGUGCAGUCGCGUCGGCGCGUGUGCUCUGACACGUUGUUGUUGUUUUUGUUGUUGUGAGGGGUAACAGGUGUGCGUGCGUGCAGCGGGAAGUUAUGCUCCGCGCCGCCACAUGACGCGGCCGUCGGCUGCGCGGGAAAAAACUCUUCUGCCAAGAUCUGCGCAUACACCCCGAGCACCAUGACGAUGAAGGACUGGUGCCGGAGCCUGCGGCCCUUCCAGCUGUACGUGGUGGUGGCGCUCACCACGGCCUUCCUCGUGGCCGAGAUGGUCGUCAGCCACACCACGCACGCGCUCACCUUGCUCGUCGACGCCUACCACAUGAUGUGCAACAUCGUGUCGCUCAUGGGCUGCGUCGUGCACCUCAAGUAUGCCCAUCUUGACCAUCAGCCGUACUCGUCGGAGCGCAGGCUGAAGAACACGUUCGGCUGGGCGCGCAUCGACGUGGUGAUGAUGCUGUCCGGCGGCGUGGUGCUGGCGUCGCUGUGCUUCUCGGUGGUGGUGGAGUCGCUGCAGACGCUGGUGCACAUCGGCCACCAGCACCAGAUGCACCAGCCGCUCGUGGUGCUGUCCCUGGGCGCCGUCGGCCUGCUGCUCAACGGCCUGUGCUACCUGCUCAUCGGCGGAUACACGUUCCACCAGAGCAGCUUCCUGCACGUGACGCCGAGCGGCGACGUGGUGCUGGACAAGGUGACCUCGCCGGCCGACAAGGGCGGCUCUCACCCGCAGAUGCCGACCCGCGCCUCGCUGCCCGCCAGGUUCGCCCAGCGGCGCGAGUCGUGGGAGGUGGCGCGCGACAUCACAGGUUGCGUCCUUGUGAUGGUGUGUUCUCUGGUUGUCUACUUCACGGACGAGUGUGUCGCCAAAUACGUCGACCCUGCUCUUGCCAUACUGUCGUCCGUGAUACUAGUCGUUCUCAGCUCGCCGUACAUGAAGGAGUCGGGGCUGAUACUGCUGCAGACCAUGCCGGACACCAUCAACAUAGACUCCCUGCGCGGCGAACUGCUCAAGGCCUUCCCCGACAUCCUGAACGUGCACGACCUGCACGUGUGGCGGCUCACCGCCAGCCGCGUCUACACCACGGCGCACGUGGUCUUCCUCAGCACCAAGGACUAUUCACAGAUAACGAAAUACAUCACAGAGUUCUUCCGAGACCAAGGCAUCACUCACAUCACCAUCCAACCUGAAUUCUACAAGCUGAACAGCAGCAGCAUCCUGACGGCGCUGCCGAGCGACCGGGACACCCUGUGCCUGGUCAACUGCAAGUCGGAGCAGUGCCACGCCCAGCACUGCUGCGCCGACGUCUCCUCGGACCCCGACAAGGUGGUCGUGCGCUCGGACGGCCACGGGCACAGCCACAGCCACGGCCACAGCCACGGCCAUGGACACAGCCACGGCCACAAGAGUGUCAAGAAAAACAAAUCGGAACAGAAGAAUAAAGUCUGUGAGUUGAAGUCUGACCUUCCGAAUAAACAACUAGAAAUUUCUUAUCCUAUUGCUCCGAAGACCCAAGAAACUUCUGUCGACAAGCAGGAGUGUGCAAAAACCCAGUGUGCGUGUGGUGAGACGAAAGUGUUGAAUACCUCUGAGGUGACGAACAGUGAUUCUGUUUCGGAGAGAAUAGAAACCAAGUCGCUUCCUUCAACACCCAGUGAAAGUUUUGAAAUUGAUGAAGGGAAAGACAGUAAAAAGUGAUUUUUGGAACCUUUGCAAUGAGAUUUAGCUACUUGGAGAGAUCACGUAAUUUAGUAGGUGUCUUUUGGAAACCGCCCCAAAGGGGUACUAGCACAUGAUCUCAGUCAGUCCCACAACACACAUCACAAGAGACAAUACACACCUUCGUUAUUAAAUAGUUACCAAAUGCUUGUCAAUUUCCAGAUAGUUUUGAGCAGUAAAGUGUUCAUGCCUUCAUGCAUUAUGGAAGAAAUUGUGCUAGUUUUGAUUUUUGAAUUGUUUUUAAGUUCAUGUGGACAUUAAUACAGAUGUGUUGCUGUGCUGUGAUAGCUAGGGAUUUGUUCCACACUAAUUAGACUUAACAGUAAAGGAGCCAGAUUAGCUACUGUAUUGGGAUUCAUUCAUUGGUAAAAUCAUAAUUGGCACCAACAUGUGUUCAGCAAUCCUAAAAGUGUAUCAAAAUUAUCUGAGAGUAUGAUUUAAAUGUGCAAAUAACACACAUGUAUAACUGUUUAAGUAAACUAAUGUAAUUUUAAAAAAAAAAUAUUGUAUUGAAUAGAGUUGGGCGAAGCUGGAUAUUUAAUUUUAAAAUCUUAGUUUAUGAAAAUAUUAUAAAAAAAAUUUAAGUCAAGUCAAGCUUCAGACAUAGCUAAGAUUUUUACUAGCAUUUCUAAUAGAUAUGAGUAAGUAAGAAAUAAACAUUAUAAAUAACCAAUGUAAGAUUAAGAAAGACUUUGUUACAUUUGAGACACUUCAUUUCUUCUUGAAGUUUCCCCAAACAUGAUUUGUACUUUAUAUACAAAAUACAUUUUUAAAAUAUUUUUUUAACACCAAAUGAUGUUGUUUUUACACUUGUUGAAAAUGGAAAAUAACUAAUUCAAAAUUUUCUAUUUUCUAAGGUUCGCCCACUUCUAAUAUUAAGUAGGUACGUAAUAUUUUUUAGACCUUAAGCUUUUUAAGAAAAAUUACAUACUAAGUCAUGAUUAAUCAUUGCACUAGUGUGUUCAACAAUUGCAUAGUUUCAUUUGUAGCUGUCAUUACAAAGGCAUCAUGUUAUAGGUAGUGACAAAUGAGCCUUGCGAUCCAGCCACAGAAUUAGAUCCUUAAAUUUUGAGUUGAAUUCAUAAGGCAGUCAGUAGUCAAUAUUAUUUUUUACAUCCGGCUGAUUUUGUGUAGGUCACAUGUAAUGCAAUGAAUGCAACAUUAAAGAUUAUUUUGAUAAAGUAUGUUGAGAUAAUCUGCCUCCUUUAUAUAUGUACUGAAAUUCUUCCUACUUUGACUUAUGCAUGUCUCAUAUGUUUGAAAUGCCGUCAAUUUUUAGUUUUGUGAGGGACAAACAUAUUCUGAAACCAGUUGUGGAUCCAUAUGUCUGAUAUAACUGUAAGGAUAAUUGGGUCUUGCCCACACUUACACUGCAAUGCCAUUUAAGACAAAAAAAAAUCCAGCUAAAUGUUUUAAAAAAAUAUUUAGAAAGCUGUUCACAACUUUUAGGCAUGUUAUAACUUUAUUAUUUUUUGUACUGAAAUUUAUGUAAGGUUACUGAUUUUUUAUUCGAAGGUUUGUAAUUUGAAUGGACUAUUUUUAAGGGUAUUUAAAAUGUUAUUACGUUUAUUUUGUGUUUGUAUCAAACUUCCAAAGUUGGUAUUGGUUGAGAAAAGGCUUGCACAGUCAUGCUUCAGUAAACACCUUCUUUACCAACUGUUAAUAAUGUACAUCUGAAUGCAAACAUUUUUAAAGUAUUUCUAUUGAUUUAUGUAUGUUUUUCGGUUCAUCAACAUUUGUCAUUAACACUUUACUGCCAAGCCUCAUGCCAAAAUUAUGCAUAAACAGUGAAUAUGGAAACACCACCAUAAAAUUAUAUGCUUCGAGGAUUGUCUCUUCCUUCAAAGUGAUUCUCUUCAGUGCAUGGUAGAAACAGUCCUCCGACAUUGGCCGAGUCAGUCAGUGAUGGCGCUUGUGUGUGCAGUUUGUUUUAUGUAAAUAGUCCAAUUGCAUGCCUCCAUUGGUUAAAAAGUGUACACAUAGCUCAAUUUACUCCAGCAUUUGCUGUUUUAUAAAGGCUGGGGUGGAUUUUGAAGUAAAGGAUAAAAACGAUACUUGAGGGUUGUGCAAACACUGAUAACCUUUAAUAAAUAUAUGCAAUGUUUAUUACUGAGUUAACUUUUAAAUAUACUUUCAGUAGGGUUACCAGAUGAGUUACAUAAAGAAAGAGGACAUGUAAAAUAUAAAUUACACAAAAAACAGACACAGAAAUUCCCAGACACAGUCAACAUAAUAUUAACACAUGUAUAGUUAUAGCAAUACGCACUUACACUAUACAAAACUAGCACAGUGACCUGGCUUCUCCCACAUGAACAUGACAUAAACUUCCAUGGAGUAUGAUGGUUGUUUUAACCUUUGAAAAAUUAAUGCUGCUGUAGUUGGCAGUGUGUAAUCUUAAAGAGAAAAAAAUUUCAUUUAAAGAAUAAACCCCAUAAUAGUACAAGAAUCUCAAAAUAAACACAUAAAUAAACUUUUUCUUCUUUGGAAAGUGUGCUAUAAUGUUUAUAGCGCAACUCCGUCAUACAAACUUGAUAAACAAAUGAAAUAAAUAUUCUGCACAAACUAGUAAAAACAUUUUUAUUCUUAUUAAUUAUAGUUCUCAAAUGACUACUUAGUGGGAUUUUCAGGACUUAUAACUGACGGAAAAGGUAUCACAGUUUUAGCAAUGACACAAUAUUAAGCAAGUUUUAAAGCUAAAGCGAACACUACUAAUACUAAUAUUGAGUUUGUGUAAAUGUAUAUCGCAAUGCAGGAUUGUAGCUAGUUAUAUUGAAUUAUGUGAAGUUCAACUGUUACGUAUAAUAAUAUGUUGUGUUAGUGAAAACUUAUGUUGAUUGUGUCCGUGCCUUUAUACUCAAUUGUUUGAUGGUGUUUUGUUAAACUUACUAGCAAGGUUAAAUAAUAACAGGCCUAGAAAUAGUUAAAAGUGCAUAGUUCUAUCCCACAAAUAAUGAAUUCACAUCAGCAUUAAAAAUGCAUGAAUGCAGAUUAUUUGGGUGUCUUUUGGUUAGUGAUCUCUCAAGUCAAAAAAAAUUAUGCAAUUAAAAUCUUGAGUCAAAAAAAUAUAUUCAUCAAACUAAUUUUAAGUCAACUUUAAAAAAAGAAACAAUGUUAACCAAUACCUUGACAUUUUAGCAAGCUUUCCAAAAAUCAAAUGACACAUACAUACAGUUAUUGUGUUUAAAAUAUCAAUCGUGUAAGUUAACUUAAUAAAACUAAUCUUGGCGAAUAUAAAAACUAAAAGGAAAAAACAUGGCAUAUUUAAUAUUUUGAUUACUGAAUAUUUGCACAACCCUAUUUAAAUUAUUAGCUAAUACUGACAUGCUUACAUGCACAAUAUUGUAACUGAAAAGUAACUACAACUUAUUUUUGUGUAUUAUUUCUACAUACUAUUAAAUAUAAAGAGAACUAAUACAAUUCAUCAGUGAAAUGUGCGGCUAAAAAUGUAUUCCUACUUUAUCACAUUAGACUGAACCAGACCUAGACUAUUAGCUAAUACGAUAGAUGUGGAACAGAUCCCAGCAGUAUUGUUUUAUUAAAGAGAGUUCAGAAUUAUGAACGGCAAAUUGUGUUCAAAGUGUUGCUAUUUUUGAUGUUCCAAGCUUAUAUUAAUAAAAGUGAAAUAUUUUUACAGUGUACAAAAAAUAUAUCUGUUAUAAAAGUUUUUAACACAAUGAAAA